UUGCAGAGAGUGUGUGUGUGAAUAGAAAGAGAGAGGGUUGAGUUCCCCAAAAAAACGUCAGACGAGAAUUAAAAGGAAUUUUACCAAUUUUAGUAGCAACAAUAAGGAAGUAUCGUCAGAACUUAGAAAAAGCCACAUUGUUUUGGGGCUCUCUGCCUUCUUGACGUCCUCAUGACUUCUUCUGUUCACGAUCAUUCAGAUAACAGUGAAUCUGAUGAUCGGCAAAAGCAUUCAGAAUCGCCGAUGAUUUCUUCCUCAACUGCACCUGGAAUGUCUCAUCCUGGAAUGCCAGGCCCUAUGCAGUAUGUACCUCCUUCGCAGAUUGGAGCAGCACAUGCGGUGGCACCAGGAGCCUACCCAUAUCCGGACCCUUACUACAGAAGCAUCUUUGCUCCUUAUGACACACAACCAUAUCCUCCACAACCGUAUGGGGGGCAACCAACGGUCCAUCUUCAGUUAAUGGGAAUUCAGCAAGCAGGAGUUCCAUUGCCAACAGAUGCAGUUGAGGAACCUGUGUUUGUAAAUGCAAAACAAUAUCAUGGCAUCUUGCGACGUCGGCAGUCUCGUGCUAAGGCAGAAUCUGAAAACAAAGCUUUAAAAAAUCGCAAGCCUUACUUGCAUGAGUCUCGACACCUGCAUGCACUGAGAAGAGCUAGAGGAUGUGGAGGGCGGUUUCUAAAUGCCAAAAAAGAUGAGAAUGAACAGAGUGAAGGAGACAAUCCACAGGCAAUUAUCAACUUGAACUCUGAUAAAAGUGAGCGUUCUUCCUCAGACAGAACAUCCUAAUACUUUGGAAGCAGUUGCAACUCAUUCAAGUGGCCGCAUAAAGUAUUUAUUCUCUGGCAACCACAAGAAAAUUGAGGGACCAAUACUUUAGUCCGAGUAGUGCUUCAUUUUGUCUCUACAGUUAAAGCUGGUUUAGCAUGUAUAGUCUCUUCAGUAGUAAUGUAGGGAUGUUGCAAUAGACAGAUCAGGUAGUCCUGUAGCUGACUCUAUGGCGGGUUUCUUUUUAACCCGAAGUGAGUGAUGGUUAUGUGUGCUGUGUGGGGGGCAUAAGUGCAAAGAUAAACCUGAUGAGAGCUUAAGUACGUAUCUGACAGAAUUUAGACUCCCUGUUGUUUGGUUGUUAAUGUUUGAAUAGAUUGCAAAAAUUUAGGUUGAGUGCUGUUAUAUGUUUGUAGUUUUGCUGGAUUAAUGAACAGAAGAAUAAAUUUAAUGGUUAAUGAGAUUGGUGUACAUUAGA